GGCGACGACGGCGGGGCGUGCAAGCGGGCUGCGGGCACGGCACGGAUGAGGCGCAUGCGCGUUGUGAACGGGCGCUGGGGCUGUAACGGCUCGGCGCGGAGAGGCCGGGCGGGGCUCGUCGCCGCCGGUAGCGGCCGCCGCGGCGGGGCGGAGGAGUUCGCCGAACCGGGCGGCGGCGAAGACGACUGGCGGGGCCAGUCGCGGGGCUCCCUGCAUCAGCUGGCGGAGCGGUACGCGGACCUGGCGGCCAGCCACAGCGAGGCGCUGCGGCAGCGGGAGGAGCGGGAGCUGCACAACGCGCGGCUGCGCCAAGAGAACGCGCGGCUGCGGCUGGAGAACCGUCGCCUGCGCCGCGAGAACCGCUGCCUCUUCCGCCAGGCCCUGCUGGGGCCUGGCCCCGCCGAUCCCGACAAGCCCGCCGCCGCGGACCCGGGCGAGGAGGCGGAGGCCCUGCGCGCCCAGCUGGGGCGGCUGCAAGAGAAGCACCGCCGGGCCUUGCAGCACCUGCGGCGCUGCCGGGCCGCCGGCGGGUCGGAGGCCUCGGAGCUGGACGACGGGGAGCUGGACGAGCUGUUGGAGGAGGACGAGCAGCCGCUGGAGAAGAGGAGCCUGGUGCCGCCUGUGUAGCCGGCCCCGGGGAGAGGCGCGGCCCGGAGGGCGCUGCGGGCCGGCCUGCCUGCCCGCCCUCGCCGCCUUCACGGGCAGCGCUGGACCUCGGGGCGGGGGAGCGGCGGCUUGUCCCCUCCUUCCUCCCUUCACUGCCCCCGGUGAAGCGCAAGGGCUGACCCCCCAGCCCUUCAGUCGAAACAGGCUCUUACCAGAAAAGGGGUGGGGGAGGAGUUGGCUCGGGUUUUUUAAUCCCCAGAUACAUGACUAGGAAGCGUUGGCUGUCAUGAAGGAGAAGCAGGUUCAGCUGGAAAACUGACGCUUGGAAGAGGCCGGUGUUUUAGUCUAGGAAUGCCUCAAAGCAGCUGUUGUCAUGGAGAAAAGAACGACGGUGAAAAGAACAGUUGGUCUCAUGUCACCUCAUGGCAUUGAGCUGUGAUUCCUUCAGGCACCAGCUGUGGAUCACGUUUUUUCUCUUUGAGUUAGCAACUGUCAUGUAGACCUCAAUAGCCAUGGAGACUAUCAAAACAUGGCUCUGACUGGUUCUUAGUAGCCUGUGUAUUUCUGUCAGGAAAGGGAGUGGAGGAAGCUUGCAAGCUGCUUUGUCAGCACUCCAGUAAAAGUUGGUUGUUUGAACCCUUCCACAUUGUCUGGACAUUUUCUGCAAAACAGUAUUUGUAUCUUUAAUGAUGGACUUUGUUCACCAUCACAUGAAUAUUGGUUUAAAUUUCACACUUUCACAUAAAAGUGCAGCUGAUAAAAAAUAAAACCAUGACACACCAAAUGACUGUCUUAAGUGUGAUUUUUGACAGGGAGUUAUUUUGAAACUAGAUGAAAUGCCCUACAGACCUUUGUAAUGCACUUGCUCAAAGCCAAAGGAAUUAGUUAUUUUUUGGACCUUUUUUAAAACCUACCAUUUGAAAGCAAACUACUUAAGUUUUUUUUCAGACCUGUCUUCAAAAUCUACUAUUUGAAACUAAGCCUUGUAAAGAACUGAGACAUCAGUUAGUGUUGCAAUGUUCCUUUUUUUUUUUUUUUUUGGUUAUUUAAAAGUUGUCUGAUGCCUUCAGGUUUGGGAUUGGUUCCUUAAAGGUUUAAUGGCCAAUAUCUGUUUCAGCUCCUAAUUAAAUUAACAUGCAAAGGUGAACAUCCUUUGAAAGUAUCUUUGAUAAUGUAGCUUCCGAAAAGAGUAGUUGUUAUUCCUUCGUAUGAUGUCAGCAUAAGCCUCUAAUUAUAAAAUGGGUGUGAUGCUUGAACUUAAGUGUCUUUGCACUCACUUGAAGCUACAGACUCGGUCUCAAAAUGGAAAAACAAUUUGGCCUGCUGCAUUUAAUCUCUAAUGAGAAGUUGUAGGUGUGGAAGAGAUUCUGUACUUAACUGUAUUCUGGACUUCUGAUAACAUAUGCAAUUUUUUUUUAAUUCAACUUCUGGAGUUCUCCCAAGAAAUGGAGUUUUUAUGCAAGAGUACCAAGUUCUAUGCACAUUUAUAGAAAGGAUUCUUCUAAUACUUUUUUUCCUACAUCUUGAUAGAGAAAUUAUAAAACAACCCUGCAGAUUACAAAAUACAGAGGAAAAAAAGAAAAAAAAAUAAUAUGAAGAGUACCAAAGAAGAGAUUUUAAGCGUUUCCUGGAAUUGGUGCUUCCAGAUGAACUGCAGUAAAUUCACAACUUGACUGAAUUAAGUGAUAAAAAUUUCAUUUAAUCAGUCAUUUGGUGUUUGUGAGUUUGGUUUUGAGAGCAAAAGACAACAAAAUACAAGAUUUAGGAAAAGUCUUUAGUAAGAUGGUGCAAAAGUAGUAUUUCACUACAGUGUCCCGCAAUUAAUGGCUUACAAGUGGUAGGUUUCCUUGCUGGUACACUUGCCUAGUCCUUGGCUACAGGAAACUACAAUGCUAAGACUUAAAGGAAAAGCAAAUUUACAGCUAUCUCCUGAAGGAGAUACCUGUUCCAGCCUUAAUGCUUAUGGUCUGGGUUUGUCUGUACGACUAGUUCUAACAGUUAGUAGCUUGAUAUCAUAGGUGGAAACUCACAUCUGCCCCUAAAACUACAGUUUGCGAAAACCCCUGGUGUUGAUGGUCAGCAGAAAGCAUAAACUAUCUGGAUUUGCCCGAUACUUCACAGCAUCUACACAUCUGAAGCGAUGGGAAAAAUGUUACUAUGGUUGUAUGAAGAGCUUAAACCUUCCUCUACUUUUGGUUAAGGUCUGUUUUCUUGUCUAUUGUUCUGCCUGCUGUCUCAUAAGCAGUCAAAUCUUGAAGUUCUAGUCUGUGCUUCUUAUUCCCAAAUCUUGUGUUUAAUUCUGUUUAUCAUGUUCUGGGCUAUGACAAGUAUUUGUCCUUUUCUUCUAGUAGUGGUAGUGUGUCUCUGUUUCAGUGUCUGGCUCUGUUGAACCUUUCUUUGUCUGGCCUGACUGAAUGCUACUUCUCUGGAUUUGGAAGAGAGUACAUUGCAGAACAAAAUUGCUACAGUAUACUCAGCAAACAGAACCAUGCUGUCCUGUGGUCCUUCUUAUAAUUUAACUUUUUUUUAUUCAAAAUUAUUUCACUUGUAUACUGAUUGUUUUCAGAACUCUGAAUUUUGAAUCUAUUUGGUUUUUCAUCUUUUUGAUUCUGGGUUUUAAGUACUGAUUUCUUUGUCAUAGUUACUUGAAAAAAUUAUAUUUUUUUUGUUUUUGCUAAGGCCAAAUUUUUGAAGAAGGGUGGAUUAUUUUCCUGUUUAAAAAUGGUUUUGUUUUUGCUGCAUAGUAUUUUGUACUGCAGUGCAUCAGAGUGCUGUAUGAAAGUGAGAUUGUGUGCAGGUAAGUUUUUUAUUAGAGAAUGGAUUGAAUCCAAGUUUGGAUUUGGGUGUUUGGGCAUUUUUGUGUUUAGUUUUGUUUUUUUCCCCACAUAAAUACAUAGAAACAUAAUAAUAUAUAAAACAUUUGGCAAUAAUACCUUCCUGAUCACUUUGAUAAAUUGCAGUGAAUAUGAAUACAUAUUCUCUUAACUGUCUUUGACAUAUAUAUAUAAAUUUAUAGAGGCAAACAGAACUUCAUUGCUAAUACAACAAAAUUAUUUUCUUCUGUUUCUUAAGGAAGCAUUCAGUCUUAGCUGCAGACUUUUCUUUACCCUUCUGUCCUGUGCCUCAUGUUAACAAAAUAUGAAGUGUAUGUUAAAAUGGAAGCUAUAUGCAUGGCUAUAUUAAAACUGUAUUAAAAUCUU